AGAAGGGAUCAGGGAUCGGUGCACUGACGUGAGAUCAAAGUAAACAGGGGGAAGAUGCUGCUCUUCUUCCGUAAGAGGAAACCCAGCGAUGAAGCCCGCAAACGUCUUGAAUAUCAGAUGUGCCUGGCAAAGGAAGCUGGAGCUGAUGAUAUCCUAGAUAUAUCCAAAUGCGAACUCUCAGAGCUUCCAUAUGGAGCGUUUUCAACCUGUAAAGUCCUGCAGAAAAAGGUGCUGAUUGCUCAUACAAAUUGCUUGACAUCUCUGGUCCCAAAGUCUUGCAGUCUCCUGUAUCUCAUAACUGUGAAGGUUUUAGAUCUCCAUGACAACCAGCUGACCUCACUUCCUGCUGAUAUUGGUCAAUUGACAUCUCUCCAGGUCCUGAAUGUUGAACGGAACCUGUUGAAGGCACUGCCCCAUUCAAUUGGGGAUCUUGUCCAGCUGCAGACCCUCAAUGUGAAAGGCAAUAAACUGAAGGAGCUGCCUGCUACUCUGAGCAACCUGCAUAGCCUGCGGACCUUAGAUAUUAGUGAGAACCAGGUGCGAGUGUUGCCGCAGGCGCUGGCUCACAUCCGGACCCUAGAGAUGCUGACUUUGGACGCCUUGUCCAUGACCUAUCCCCCGGACACCAUCUGCAGCGCUGGCACAGAAGCCAUCCAGCAGUUUCUGUGUGAAGAAUCUAGAAUUGAAUAUAACCCCCCAUCCCAGUAUUUACUCCCAGUGUUGGAAAGUGACGGAGGAGAGACCUCGGUGGACGGGGUCAGCAGGACAGUUUGUAAAUAUGCGAACAAUGAAGCCGAGUGGCAGAACAAAUUUCUGGAGUACGAGAAGCGGAAGGAGCAGAAAAUGCAGGAGAAACUGGAGUUUGAACGCUGGUUAGACCUGGAGCAGAGGGAGCAGGCGCAAUUGAUGCAGCAGAGCCAGAGCCAGAAGGGGGAAAUCCUCCAGAGCAUGAAGGCGGAGCAGAUGAAGCUGGAGCAGGGCCUGUCGCGACACCAGCAGCGCCUGGAAGUGGAGCGCAUGAAGCUGCUGGAGCAACUGAAAGACAUGGAGCUGGGGGUCACCAGCCGAAUCCAGAAGCUGCUAGAAGAGAACCAGAGGCAAAAGCAGAACUCUGAGAUUCUGAAAUCUCUGGAGAAUGAUCGGAUCAGGAUGGAGCAGCUGAUGGCCAUUACUCAGGAGGAGGCGGAGCAGCUACGCAGAAGGGAAGUGGCCUCGGCCAUGCAGCAGAUGCUGUCAGAAACGUACAAGAGCAAGCUUGUCCAGGUGGCCUUUGAAUCACGCCGGCAAGACCUUGUCAACCAGACUUGUACCAGUUUAGCGAAGAUGGACGAGCAGUUGCAGCAAAUCCUGGCUUGGCAACAGCUGGACCAGAACAAAGCCAUCAGCCAAAUUCUGCAGGAGAGCGAAAUGCAGAAGGCUGCCUUUGAAGCUCUCCAGGUGAAGCGAGAUCUUAUGCACUGCCAGAUCAGGAAUCAGAUUAAGUUAAUAGAGAAAGAGUUAUUGCAGCUGACACAGCUGGAGGUAAAGAGGCAGCAGCUGGACACAGAGGCACUGCAGGAGGCGGUAGCGGAGCAACGGCGAGCCCUGACCGACCUGUUGCAGCAGCUGCUGAAAGAGAAGAAGCAGCGGGAAGAGGAGCUGCAGGAGAUCCUGCGGGAGCUGGAAGCCAAGAGCGAAACCAAGCAGGAGAAUUACUGGCUGAUCCAGUACCAGCGCCUGCUGAACCAGAAGCCCCUCUCUCUCCGGCUGCAGGAGGAGGGCUUGGAGAAGCAGCUAGUGACAGUGCUGACCGACCUGUCGGCUGAGCAGUACUUGCCAAUCUUUGCUCAUCACCGGAUAUCGCUAGGAACGCUCUGCUCCAUGGCUCCCAGUGACCUGGCCAAGAUUGGAAUAACAGAAACUGGCCUGCAACUCUCCAUCAUCCGAAGGGCCCAAGAAAUACAUGCCGUGGCUAAAACCAUACCAGAGCUGUUGAAGCCAGAAUCAGCAGCAAUCCCUUGUGCUCCAGGGCCGAGUGAGGAGCCUUCUGCCCCUGAAGCCCCUUUGGCCCCACUGUUGGAAGAUCGGAACUGUGAGUGCGUGGUCUGUAUGGAGCAAGAGGCCCAAAUGGUUUUCCUGAGCUGCGGCCAUGUCUGCUGUUGCCAGACCUGCUCCGAGGCCUUACAGAUUUGCCCGCUCUGCCGCAAGGAGAUCGUGCAGCGCAUACGCCUCUUCCACAGUGGCUAGAUGCCAACACAGAGCACCACAGAAUGGAACAGCC